AUGGGCGCGGGUUCGUCGACCGCGGCGGCGGCGUACGCCCGGUGCAAGGACGACGUCGACGCCAACCUCGCGCGGCUCAGCGACCCGGACCCGACGACGCCGGACGAUCCGACAUGGGACGAGCUCCUUCGUUUUCCCGCGGCGAUCACCUCAGCCUCGGACGCCGACCUCGAUGUGGUGCUGGGUCGAGUCGAUUUUGGCUCGAUCGCCCCAGGGACGCUCGACGCGUUGCUCGAGCGCGCAGCCGCCGCGCUGCGACGAUGUUCGCGUUCCGAUGUCGCGGGCUCGAAUCCCAGCCGGGGUGACGUCGCGAACGAGGAUCGUGCAGACGACGCGUGGACCGCCGCGAUCAACGCCACGACGCUCGCGACGCGCGCGCUCCGACGAUGUUCGCGCGACACCCUGCGGUUCCUCUGCCGACGGCGACGACAAAUCGCGAAUGACGACGACGACGCCCCGGACGAGUCGGGAGGCGUCGCCACGGCGGAGCCCGCGGUGUGCGACUUCAUGGCCGCGGUGGUGGACGUCGUGGCGGGAUGCGCGGACGAGCGGGCGCCACGUGGAUGCCACGUGUACGCCCUUCGUGUCGCGUGCUGCCGAAGUCUCGAAGCAAUCGCCGAUGAGUAUUCGACGGCGGAUGAUUCAAAGGCUGAUUCUUCGUCCCCUUUAUCGACCCCCUCGGCGCCGUUCGCGAACGAAACCGACGGCGAAUUCGACGCCUUCGACGUCUUGAUGGACGCCGUCGACGGCUGCACGGCUGUGGAUGCAGGCGGCGACGGACGCAGCGGGGAAUCAAUCUAUCGCGACGUCGUCGCCGAGACUCUGAGACUCUGGUCGCGUCGGCCGCCGCUCCCGCGCGGGUCUGACGCGUGGAUGCACGACCCGAACGACGCGUCGGGUAAGCCCCGCGGCGGGUUCCUCGGGGCGAUGGCCGCGUUGCUGCUCGGCGACGACGACGACGAUGACGACAAUGGGGAUGACGAUAAAGGCAAAGAUUGGGACGUUUCUGUUUUCAGUCCCCUCGGUGACGCCGCGGGCGCGGCGCUGACGCGUCUGCUGCACCGCCCCGCGCGAUACGACGGCGUCGCCGAGGUUGGCCGAUGCGUCGCGAACGAGUCCGCGUCCACGGCGGUGGUGUCCACGGCGGGUAAGGUGGUUCGCCGGGAACCGAACGUCGCGGGUUCGAGUCCCGGACGGUCCGCGGGGAUCGUCAAAUCUUCUCGGGAAAAGUGGGGCGGCGGCUUGGGCGAGGUGGAGACGGUGAUGCGCCGCGCGUCGAUGGACGUGGACGACGACCCGGGGUCGCCCGUCGGGUCGUCCCGGUCGCCGUUCGCUCCUCCCGGGUUCGAUUCCGGCGCGGAUCGAUCGGGGCUGGUUUUUUCCAAAAAUUACCCCCCCGAAACGCCCCCCGCGACGGGUUCGUCCAUAGCGGCGAAUCCCUUUCGCGACGCGCUGUUUCGACUGGUGCGACUCGAACGGUCGAAUAAAGACGACGAUUCGGGUGAGUCCGACGCCCUUCGCGUCCGCGUCCUUCGCGCGUGCGUCCUCGCGAUGCACUCGGCCGACACAGCCGGCGCAGCAUCCGGCGCAUCUGGCGAUAAAUCUCACGCCGCCAGCUGUCAGCAAGCCGCCGUCGGCGUGUUCUUGGCGUACUCGCUCCUGUACGGCAACGAGGGUUUCUACCGCGCGGUCGUCGCCGACGCGAACGCGGUUCGCGCGUUGGUGAGCGCGCUGCUGAGACGCGCUCACGCAACUUACGCCGAGGUCGGGGGUUCGAGUCCUCGAGGCACCACUCAAUUAAAUGUAAGCGGCGUGGCGAGCGUGGCGACGGCGACGCUGGCGAUGUUGUCGCAGGACCCCGUCGUGAACCGCGCGGUGCACUCGCUUAGUACCUCUCAACGACUCGCGUCGUCGUCGAACGAUUCACAGUUGAACGAUUCACAGUUGAACGAUUCGCAGUUGAACGAUCGAACAGACUUUUGGUUCAACUCUUCGGCCUCGGCGAAGACGUUGUCGGGUUUCAAAUCGAUCGGUAAGCCGCCUCAACAGACGCUGGGUUCGGCGUGGGUGCUGGUGCUGUGCCGCGUGGCGAGGGGGGGAGGAAUUGAAAAGGGGGAUGUCACUUCGGGGGAGGGCGGUAUCGAACCCGCGACCUCGUCGUUCGCGCGCGCGUGCGCUCUGGCGGCGCUGGCCAACUCGGCUCCGUACUUUGACGGGUUGACCUCGGCGGCGUCGCAGCGACUCGUCGCCGUCUUUGACGUCCUGCACCGCCGGCGGCGAAAACGCGUGAGCGCGGCGAUGGGACGACCCGGGAUCGAACCCGGGAGCGACGGUUUACGCGGUCGGACCGGCCUUCCCACCGCCGUGGCGGCGCUCGUCUCGGCGGCGUUGGCGAGCGCGCUGGUUACAUCCGCGAGUAAAUGCCCCGAGUUGGUGUACGCGGCGUUGCAGCGAAGGGACGAGGUUUUCGCGCCGUUUCUGGACGAGUUUCUGGAUCCGGUUAAGGACCGCGUUGACGAGAGGAAGGAUUCCAACCCCCGCGAGGGUUUAUCACACGAGGGUUUCCACGCGAACGACCCAGAGCUGGAGCUGGCGAUACAUCGCAUGAGGGAACACGCGGUGGCGAUACAUCAAAGAUUGGAAUUUUUCAACGCGCGCGUCGACGCCGCUCGCGAGGCUUCCACCAAUCACAGGCCGGGAUCGCACUGGACCAUGGACAAGGCGAUGGACGUCAUCAGGGCGGCGUGCGAGGAGGAUCAGUCGAAGGAGGAUCAUUCGAAGGAGGAUCAUUCGAGCACAUCGGGAAGUGCGCCGCCGUCGUUCCAGUACGCGCCGGAGACGUUCGUGUACAGGGAGGAGAUCGACGCGCACGAGUUUUUCCGCCCCAUCGUGGACCUCGCGCUCUCCGGACGUCGUCGGUGA